AAACAUCAUUUGAGGAUCAUGUAACGUGUGUUGUACCAUUGCGAUUAAGUUCAGGGUUUACUUCACUAUUUUAUUUAAUGUACCUUUAUUUACUUUGUUGAAAGACAAACGUUAUCCUAAUCAGCGCAUUGGGUGUAUGAUAGUAAGAUGCUAUCACAGGAGAUCUGCAGCCAUGUAUGAUCGCUGAUAUGUUAUAUACGUAUGUGUGAAACGCUUUACGAUUCAUUAAAAGGUUAUUGCGUACUAUUUAUUUAGAGUACAUCACUAUGACCACCCUGACGAGGCAGGACCUUAAUUUUGGUCAAGUUGUUGCCGACAUUCUGUGUGAAUUUUUGGAAGUGGCCAUUCACCUCAUUCUGUAUGUCAGAGAAGUUUAUCCUUCUGGCAUAUUUCAGAAGAGGAAGAAAUACAACGUGCCUGUCCAGAUGUCAUGCCACCCUGAGUUGAACCAGUACAUUCAGGACACUCUCCAUUGUGUCAAGCCACUUAUAGAGAAGAAUGAGGCUGAGAAAGUGGUAGUGGUGAUCAUGGAUAAAGAGCACCACCCAGUGGAGAGAUUUGUGUUUGAGAUCUCACAACCUCCACUGCUCUCCAUCAGCUCAGAUACUCUGCUGUCCCAUGUGGAACAGCUGCUGAGAGCUGUGAUCCUGAAGAUUAGUGUGUGUGAUGCAGUUCUAGACAACAAUCCUUCAGGAUGCACAUUCACAGUCCUUGUACACACCAGGGAAGCUGCCACAAGAAACAUGGAGAAGGUUCAAGUCAUCAAGGAUUUUCCAUGGAUUGUAGCAGAUGAACAGGAAGUUCACAUGGAAGAGGCAAAACUCAUUCCUCUAAAAACUAUGACUUCUGAUAUUCUCAGGAUGCAGCUGUAUGUAGAAGAGAAAGCACAGAAAACCUGACACGUUGCUGUUGUGAAACUACAUUAGAGUUGUUCCACAGGAAAUGGGCUGUUUGUGGGCUGUUUGUGUGUUGACAGUUGGUUUUAUUUUUAAAUGGCAUUUUAGUAACAUGAACUGGAGAUGCAUAUAAAGAUGGAUUGUGCUGCAAGAGAAAAAUGCAAUUUUCAGCAUUUUACUAAGUAGAACUAAUGUUUACCUGUGAUAUCUGUUUAUUUUGCCUGUGCUAAUUUUUUACAAGUUUUUGCUUAAUUUUUCAUUUAGCUGUUUUCAUACAAUUCUGUGAACCUUCAUCUGAUAAAUUGUCUAUCACUCUAUGUCGACUCCAACUAUUUGUUUAAUAAAGAUUGGGUGCGGUUGGGAGCACAGAGUUCUAAAUAUCAUGUUUCCUGUUCAAAGUUCGAUCCAACUUAUAUUGAAUGACUUUGUUUUUAUUUUAGCGACUCACUUGGUUUUUAGGGAAUGUUUUUCAUUAGAUAGCUGCAACAUGUAGACAGCUCUUAUUUAUCUCUUAUUCAUCUAAAUAAAUAAAAAAACACUCCAGAUUCUUUAGUUCUGAUAAGCUGAGUAACUCACAGGAUGUUCUAUCAACACUAUGUGCAUUGCAUCUUAAACAAUUUAAAAACAUGAAAAGGAAAUGUAAAUAAAUUGA